AGUUCGGAGCAUUUGGUCGGAAGGUGAGCCAGAACUCACCUGUCGGGAAGUUUGACUUCGACUUUUCCUUUUCUCCAUCUUUGUUUGAUCCAACAUGGCGGAGACGCUUUUACACAACAACCUCCAGGACGCGCGAAGAGACGGAAACCAUUUCAGAAAGGGCUGCAACCCGCUGGCCCAGACGGGCCGCAGCAAACUGCAGAACAAGCGGGCCAGUCUGAACCAGCAGAUCAUCAAGCAGAUGAGGAUGCGGGCCGGCGCCGAGAACCUGCUCAGGGCCACCUCCAACAACAAGGUGAAAGAGAUGGUGCUGCUGGAGCUGAGCUACGUCAACUCCAACCUGCAGCUGCUGAUGGGCCAGCUGGAAGGACUCAACAGCUCGGUGGAAGUCUACCAGAGCAGCCAGGAAACCAACAUUCCGCUCAUCGCCCUGGGUCUGAAGGAGACCAAAGAAGUCGACUUUUCGAUGCCUUUCAAGGAUUACAUUGUUCUGCAUUACAAGCAAGAUGGCAGCAGCUUCGAGAACGAGAUCGCCGACCUGAUGGACCUGCGGCAGGCCUGCAGGACGCCAAGUCGCACGGAGGUGGGGGUGGAGCUUCUGGCCAACUACUUCAACCAUCUUCCUCUGAUGGAGAGUCGCUUCUUCUCACCCACGCAUCACACUGGCCUCUUCUUCACCUGGUACGACUCCUUCACAGGUGUUCCCGUGUGCCAACAAAACCUGUCCCUGGAAAAGGCCAGCAUCCUCUUCAACAUGGCCGCCCUCUACUCCCAAAUGGGCACCCGCGGCGACCGGCAGACCUGGCCGGGCCUGAAGGAGGCCAUCUCCGCCUUCCAGACGUCCGCAGGCAUCCUGAACCACCUGAAGGAGACCUUCACGCACACGCCCAGCUACGACAUGAGCCCCGCCAUGCUGGCCAUGCUCAUCCGCAUCAUGCUGGCUCAGGCCCAGGAGUGUCUCUUCGAGCAGCUGGCUCUGCCCGGCGUCCGCAACGAGGUCCUCACGCUGCUCACGAUGGCCCAGGAGGCCGCCAAGGUGUCGGAGACCUACGACCACGUCCACCAGUCCAUGAUCCAGACGCCGGUCAAGGACAACGUGCCCUUCUUCUGGUCCACCAUGUCUCAAGUCAAGACCAACCACUACCGCUCCAUGGCGCACUACUUUGUGGCCUCCGCCCUCCUGGACCACCACGUGGGUCCUGCCGAUGAUGAAGACCAGCAGGAGAAGACCUUGUCCCAGGUCUACGACCACCUCCCCGAGGGCCGCUCCCCUCUGGACAUCCUGCAGAGGAGGGCGGAGCGCGAGCGUGUCGGCAGAGCCCACAUUGGGCGCGCCAUCGCGGGCCACGAGGAGGCCCUGAGGAUCUACUGCCUGUGCCACCAUCUCAACAAGCUGGAGGUCCUGCAGGACAUCUUGAGGGCCAGUCAUCAGCGCUCGCUGCUCAAGUCCAGCGAACACGACAGUGGGGAGGAGUUUAGCGACUACUUGACGGCGCCCGACAUCAUCGCUAAAACGGAGCAGCAAGCAGCAAUGGAGGUUCCGGCGGUCCUAAAGGUGAAAGUCAGCGACUUUUUCCAGCGGCUGGGGCCUCUGGCCGUCUUCUCCGCCAAGCAGCGCUGGACGCCACCCCGGACGCUGCGCCUCCGCGCCGAGGACCGGGACCUGGGCUUCACGCUGAAGGGGGACGCCCCGGUCCAGGUGGUCUCCUUGGACCCCCUGUGCCCUGCUGCUGCUGACGGGCUGAAGGAGGGCGACUACAUCGUGGCCGUGGGCGACACCCCUUGCAAGUGGAUGAGCGUGGGCGAGGUGAUGCGGCUGCUGAAGGACGGCGACGAGCGGGGCGUGGACGUCCAGGUGGUCAGCGUGCUGGACGGCAACCCCACCAUGCCUGCCAAGAGCGCCACCUUCUGCGGGAACCUGCCCAAGACCUACUCCAUGAUCUGCCUGGCCUACAACGAGGACAAGAGUCCCAAGUCCCGCAAGGUGAGCAAGAAGUCCUCCUUCCUCAGCUGGGGCCUGAAGAACCGCAUGAAGAGCGCCAGCACCGUCAGUCUGCCCACGGCCCAGCAGUCCUGGAACAAGCCCUGCCAGACCUUCCCCAGCUCCUACAAGGACAGCGCCCUCUACUGAGCAGGAGGUCCACCUCCUGCAGUACAGUACUACGACUACAGUACAGUACUACGACUACAUUACAGUACUACUACGACUACAGUACAGUACUACUGCUACAGUACAGUACUACUACUACAGUCCACCUCCUGUAGUCUUCUAUUGACUCACAUUCCAAGAUGUGUAGUACUCUUCUCAUCAGUACCACCUUAAAUGAAGUACUGUUCUCUCCAGUACCACCUUAAAUGAAGUACUCUUCUCACCAGUACCACCUUAAAUGAAGUACUCUUCUCUCCAGUACCACCUUAAAUGAAGUACUCUUCUCACCAGUACCACCUUAAAUGAAGUACACUUCUCAUCAGUACCACCUUAAAUGAAGUACUCUUCUCACCGGUACCACCUUAAAUGAAAUACUCUUCUCACCAGUACCACCUUAAAUGAAGUACACUUCUCGACAGCAGUACUCUCCAGUACCACCUUAAAUGAAGUACUCUUCUCACCAGUACCAACUUAAAUGAAGUACACUUCUCAUCAGUACCACCUUAAAUGAAGUACACUUCUCAGCAGUACUAUCUUAAAUGAAGUACACUUCUCAUCAGUACCACCUUAAAUGAAGUACUCUUCUCACCAGUACCACCUUAAAUGAAGUACUCUUCUCACCGGUACCACCUUAAAAGAAGUCCACUUCUCGGCAGCAGUACUUAUCAGUACCACCUUAAAUGAAGUACACUUCUCACCAGUACCACCUUUAAUUAAGUACACUUCUCUGCAGCAGUACUCACCAGUACCACCUUAAAUGAAGUACACUUCUCACAAGUACCACCUUAAAUGAAGUACACUUCUCCCCAGUACCACCUAAAUGAAGUACACUUCUCGACUGCCGUACUCACCAGUACCACCCUUAAUGAAGUACACUUCAGUACCACCUUAAAAGAAGUACACUUCUUAUCAGUACCACCUUCAAUGAAGUACUCUUCUCACCAGUACCACCUUAAAUGAAGUACUCUUCUCACCGGUACCACCUUAAAUGAAGUACACUUCUCAUCAGUACCACCUUAAAUGAAGUACUCUUCUCACCAGUACCACCUUAAAAGAAGUACACUUCUCAUCAGUACCACCUUAAAUGAAGUACUCUUCUCAUCAGUACCACCUUAAAUGAAGUACACUUCUCAUCAGUACCACCUUAAAUGAAGUACUCUUCUCACCGGUACCACCUUAAAUGAAAUACUCUUCUCACCAGUACCACCUUAAAUGAAGUACACUUCUCGACAGCAGUACUCUCCAGUACCACCUUAAAUGAAGUACUCUUCUCACCAGUACCAACUUAAAUGAAGUACACUUCUCAUCAGUACCACCUUAAAUGAAGUACACUUCUCAGCAGUACUAUCUUAAAUGAAGUACACUUCUCAUCAGUACCACCUUAAAUGAAGUACUCUUCUCACCAGUACCACCUUAAAUGAAGUACUCUUCUCACCGGUACCACCUUAAAAGAAGUCCACUUCUCGGCAGCAGUACUUAUCAGUACCACCUUAAAUGAAGUACACUUCUCACCAGUACCACCUUUAAUUAAGUACACUUCUCUGCAGCAGUACUCACCAGUACCACCUUAAAUGAAGUACACUUCUCACAAGUACCACCUUAAAUGAAGUACACUUCUCCCCAGUACCACCUAAAUGAAGUACACUUCUCGACUGCCGUACUCACCAGUACCACCCUUAAUGAAGUACACUUCAGUACCACCUUAAAAGAAGUACACUUCUUAUCAGUACCACCUUCAAUGAAGUACUCUUCUCACCAGUACCACCUUAAAUGAAGUACUCUUCUCACCGGUACCACCUUAAAUGAAGUACACUUCUCAUCAGUACCACCUUAAAUGAAGUACUCUUCUCACCAGUACCACCUUAAAAGAAGUACACUUCUCAUCAGUACCACCUUAAAUGAAGUACUCUUCUCAUCAGUACCACCUUAAAUGAAGUACACUUCUCAUCAGUACCACUUUAAAUGAAGUACACUUCUCAUCAGUACCACCUUAAAUGAAGUACACUUCUCAGCAGUACUAUCUUAAAUGAAGUACUCUUCUCACCAGUACCACCUUAAAUGAAGUACACUUCUCAUCAGUACCACAUUAAAUGAAGUACACUUCUCAUCAGUACCACCUUAAAUGAAGUACACUUCUCAUCAGUACCACCUUAAAUGAAGUACUCUUCUCACCAGUACCACCUUAAAUGAAGUACACUUCUCAUCAGUACCACCUUAAAUGAAGUACUCUUCUCGUUUUGGGGGCGAAUAUGAUGACGUAAUUGUUUUAUAAGCUGCUAAAAAUCGUCAUCUUCAAUGUGAGAGAGCAUGUUACAAAGUGCCUGCAGUACCGCUCGCUUCCUCAGUGUGUCGCUUUUGAGCUGCAAAAGAAAGCACCUCCAUGUGAGCGGCAGAAAGCGGACCUGCUGACGUCACCUCAAAGCAGGGCUUCCCCGCCUUUUUUCCCACUACAGAGGGGGCCGGGGCCCACUCAAAUAUUAACACUGAAUUAUUCAUCUUAGUCUUGGUUUUAGUUGCAUACAACAACCUUAUGUAAACAGUUUAACAGGAAGAAUUUACACAAUGGAAACCUAAAAUAAAACCAACUUGAAAUGAAUCAAUGAUAGUGCAGAAGAAGGGACUGAUAAACAUUGAUGAAAGUACACACAAAUAAAUGAAUGAAUAAUAAAUAAUAUAUAUGUGUGCUUUUAAAGGGUCAAACAUGCCUUUUUUUUUACUUUAACUGCCAUAUAAGAUUAGAGAUGUCCGAUAAUAUCGACCUGCCGAUGUUAUCGACCGAUAAAUGCUUUAAAAUGUAAUAUCGGAAAUUAUCGGUAUCGUCUUUUUUAUUAUCGGUAUUGUUGUUUUUUUUUGUUUUUGUUUUUUUGUU